AUGGAAAAUAGUCACAAAGAGGAUAAAGGAGAGAAAGAAGAAGAAGAAAAAGAAAAAGAAGAACAAAAACAAAAUUCAUUAUUUUAUAAAGUUUGGGGUAAUAUAGUGAUUUUUAAAAAUAUAUUUAGAUUUGUUAGAUUAUAUGAAAAGAAUGAAAUGGUAGUUUUUAAAAGUAGGAAAGAAUUAUUAGAAUAUCCAGAAAGAGAAUUUAUUCAUUGUUUGCUUUAUUCAAGUAAUGAAUUAUUAGAAGUUGGUGAUUUACCAAUUGGUUGUGUAUUAAAAGAGGUAGAUUUAACAAACUAUAUACAUGCUAAUAUACAUGGAAGUAAAAUACCAUUUGGUGUUGAGAAAUUGGACUUCUCAUGGAUUGUUGCCAAUAAAUUUUCUUUUUCUAAAACUCAAAUUUCAACAUUCCCAUCUUCAUUAAAAACUAUAAAUCAAAUUAUACUUGGAAAAGAUGAAUCAUUAAAAAAUAGUUUAAAAAGUGAAAAAUGUGUAGAAAAAGAAAAUGAAAAUGAAAAAGAAAAAAAAGAAGAAGAUGAAUUUGAAAAUUCUUGUUUUAUAAUACCAUCAAAUAUUAAUACAGUAUUUUUAAAAGUUUCACCAAAUAUUUCAGGAGUUGAUAAAGGUAGAGGAUAUGUUGUUUUAUUAAAAGGUUUAAAAGAGAUAAGUUUUGGUUUUGAUUGGGAAAAUGAAAAUCUAUGUUUAAGAAAAGGUGAUCUUCCAGAUGGAAUUGAGGUUUUAAAAAUGCCACGUUUUCAAUUAAAAAAUAUAAUAAGUAAAGAUAUAUUACCAAAUUCAAUUAAAGAUUUAUCAAUAUCAUAUGGGGCAAGAAGUAAAUUUAAAAGUGGCGAUAAUGAUGAUCUUAAUAAUGAUCCUGGUAAAUUUGAUGUUUUACCACCGGCUAUUGAAAAACUUUAUAUUUACAAUAAUUAUAGUAUUAAAAAAGAUUCAUUAUUAAAUACAUUAACAUCAAUAAAAGAAUUAAGAAUUAUCAAUCAUGAAUUAAAACCACUACUGUAUGAAGCAAGUUCAUUACCACCGAAUAUCACAACUCUUUCACUUAAAGAAAGUUUUAAAAGUAAAAUUGAAAUUGGUGUUAUACCAUUUGGUGUAAAACAUCUUGAAUUCACUUUUUUGGGCUCAUUUUCAAAUUCAAACCCAAUAGAAAUCGGUGCAAUUCCAUCAAGUGUUGAAUCACUUUCAAUUGAUGGUUUUAUCACUCAACCUGAAAUACUACCACCAUCAUUAACUCAUUUAACAUACACUCAAUUUUAUAUUAGAAAUUUACAUAGACUCGAUCAUAUUGUAUCAUAUUUUUCAUUAUUACCAAAAUCAAUUAAUUUACUUACUUUGGACAUAUCAUUUAAAGAUUUAAAUUUAACUUUUCCUCCUUCAAUUAAUAAAAUUGAAUUUAAAGAAAAAUAUUCUUAA